CCGGGGCGGGCUGAAGCCGCGAACUCUGCGGCCAUGGCGCGGGCCUGUCCGCCGGAGGUGAUCCGUGCGGCCCAGAAGGACGAGUACUACCGCGGCGGCCUGCGGAGCGCGGCGGGCGGCGCCCUGCACAGCCUGGCGGGUGCAAGGAAGUGGCUGGAGUGGAGGAAAGAGAUCGAGCUGCUCUCAGAUAUAGCCUACUUUGGCCUCACCACAGUUGCAGGCUACCAGACACUAGGAGAGGAGUAUGUUGGCAUUGUGCAGGUGGACCCGUCCCAGCAGCGUGUGCCCUCCAGGCUUCGCCGCAGUGUGCUGGUCACACUGCAUGCAGUCCUACCUUACCUGCUGGACAAGGCCCUACUGCCCCUGGAGCAGGAGCUGCAGGCCGAUGGUGACAGCGCACGGCCCUCCCAGGGCAGCCUGGUGACCAGUGGGCGCAGCCGGUCAGGGGCACGGCACUGGGUGCAUCGCCAUACAGCCACCCUGACUGAACAGCAGAGGAGGAUACUCCAGCGGGCAGUCUUUGUCCUCAGACAGGGCCUCGCCUGCCUCCAUCGGCUCCACGUCGCCUGGUUUUACAUCCAUGGUGCCUUCUACCACCUGGCCAAGAGGCUCGUGGGCGUCACUUAUCUCCGCACCCGCCACUGGCCUGGAGAAGACCAAAGGGCUCGUGCAGGCUACCAGCUGCUGGGUCUUGUCUCCCUGUUGCACCUGGCACUCUCCAUGGGGCUGCAGCUGUAUGGCUUCAGGCAGAGGCAGCGUGCCAGAAAGGAGUGGAGGCUGCACCGCAACCUGUCCUACCACAGGGGUUCCCUGGAAGAGCGAACUGUUCCCAAAACCCCACUGUGCACCCUGUGCCUUGAGGAGCGCAGGCACUCAACAGCCACGCCCUGUGGCCACCUCUUCUGCUGGGAGUGCAUCACCGAGUGGUGUAAUACCAAGACGGAAUGUCCACUCUGCAGGGAGAAGUUUCCUCCCCAGAAGCUGGUCUACCUACGUCACUACCGCUGAUGUGACACCAGAUGGCUCCAGGAGGUGACAAAACCUCAAGGAGGAAAGUCUCUUAUCAGGAUUCUGCAGUGGCACAGAAAAUCAUAAAGUCUCACUUUGUUUUGUCACAUAAGCUACUACCCCAGGCACCUUUAAGGCUGCAUGGGCAGGGACGGUCUGUACCUUGGUGCACCAUACAACUUUUUCAGAAGUCUCUUUUUUAGACAGUCUUACAUUUUCCCUUCCCUUCCCCAAGCCACACACCCAAGAACUAAUUCAGAAGUUGGCCAGAAAGAGUUUUAUUCGUGUCUGUAGAGAAGAGUAUGCCCCAUUAGACUGGCAGAGGCAGGGCUAAGUGUCACAGUGGGGGCGGCGGGUGCAGUGGAGAAGCAUGGUCACAAAGGACCCUGUACCCUGAGGUAAACAAGCUGUCUUCAGGACUUGGCGUUAAGAUCACACACCAAGGGUCAGUACCUCUGUCUUAAGACAUUUGGCACAUUUAAUACUCUUCUGGUUUUCAGCUUGAUCUAAAGGCAGGUGAUGAGCACCCGCCCUGGCAGCUGAGGCAGCUUGCUUAAGUUUUCUAACAAACACCUGACUUUAAAGUGCUCUCAGUGCCCAGUCCUCCAAGGGAACUAGGGCAGCCACUGUCCUGGAGACAGGAGGGCAGGCAGUCUGCUUACCCAAAAUCACUGGAUGUCCAACCCCCUCUCACUUGUCCCCACCCUGCUUCUUGCCUCUGGUCAACUUCCAGGUUUUAAAAACUAACUCAUGCUGGGAACAGCUCGGCAUCUGCAAGAAGCAAAUUCCACAGACAUGUUGGCACUUUAAGAACAGAAGACUGACCUGAAGGACUUCAUAAAACAUGGUGUGGAGAUGCCCCUGCCAGGACCUCUGUGCUGCCCAGCCAGCAGCACCAGCUUUGAUAUCUGAGUCCUCUAUUUCUGGUAGUCAAGCCCAGCCUGUCAGGAGCAGGUGGCCAUGCCUUCUCUAGAUGGGGAGGAGCCCUGGGGGAGCAUGAGGCACCUCGAUAGACCCCACAGGAAAACAAAGUCUGUGGGAGAACCCCGAGCACAGCUCUACACAGCUGUCUCCAUCCAGCCCUUCAUUUACACUGCUCUGGCCAAGUGCAGUUUGCUGUCCUAUCUUAGACCUGAGCACUGACUAGGAAAACAAUGGGAAAUGAAAACAAAAGGUCCAGGACUUAAAAAUCCCAAGUGUGACGCGGUAACAAAAGUACCAAGUUGGAACAUUUUAAGAAGAUAGGUCUGGAAUACAAAAGGACUUUAGCCUCUUAAAAGGAGCAGCUCAGUUUCACAUAUGCAAAAGUCAACAAGAGAAACCCCUGAAAUUGAUAACUCAAGGAACUAGGGCGGCCACUGUCCUGGAGACAGGAGGGCAAACAGUCUAACACUGCUACAGAUAGGAAUACCACCCACACCAGGUGGGGCAUGUGAGUGGGCUUGUACCUCGGAGCCUGUAUGCAACCACACCCGCGUGUCCCCUCUGUCCCAUUGCUGCUGACAAAAAUGGCCUGCCUCCUACAGCUGCAGAAAGCAAGCUGGGUUUACAUGUAGUGACAAAUGGUUUAGAUGAAGACUACACAAGCAAGGGGAUGCUGUCUUUAAGAAAGCUGGAAUUAAAAAGUCACUCGUAAAAUUUGUAAGAGGUUUUUUUUUUUUUUUUUUAAAUCACAUCAAAAAGUUGGCAUGCUGUAGGUUUCCCCAUAGAAAGUGGAAAACCAUGUGUCAAACCCACAAAACUGGUUUGCUCUGGCCUCUUGAUGUUUCUUUAAAGGGGUUGCUGCAUUAGGACAAAUUUAAACUAGUCAAAACAAAUUACGUACCAAAAGAAUGUGUCAAAAUAAUCUCAAACAG